AGGGAUGUGCACCCCUUCCCAGGGAUGUGCGGGUUCCCAGGGCUGUGUGCCCCUUCCCAGGGAUGUGCGGGUUCCCAGGGAUGUGCGCCCCUUCCAGGGAUGCUCUGCGGGGCCGCGGCUCGCAUUUCCUGCCAUCCUGCCGCCCCUAUUCCCUCCUCCCGUCCCUCCUCCUCCUCCCCAUCCCCAUCCCUGCCGUCCCUCCUCCCGGCCGCCAGGCGCCCCUCGGCCGCCGCCGCUCGCUCCGGGAUCCGGGGCGGCUCCGGCAGCGCGGCCCGGCAGGACAGGAUGCUGUUCCCGCUGCCCCUGCGUGCAGCCUGCAGCCUGCUGGCCUGGUUCUGCCUCUACAAGUGGUUCUGCCACCGCUACCGACACCGGAACCUGGAGUGGAGCUGCAGGCUGGUCACCCUGACCCACGGCAUCCUGGCCACCUGUCUGUCUGCUUACAUCGGCUUCAUUGACGGCCCCUGGCCCCUGAGCCACCCGGGGUCACCCAACACAACCCUUCAGGUGCACGGGCUGUGCCUCAGCUUGGGCUACUUCAUCUUCGACCUGUGUUGGUGCGUGUACUUCCAGACCGAGGGUGCCCUGAUGCUGGCCCACCACCUGGUCAGCAUCGUGGGCAUCGCCACCUCCCUGGCCCUGGGCGAGUCGGGCGCCGACGUCAACGCCGUCAUCUUUGGCAGCGAGAUCACCAACCCCCUGCUGCAGGCCCGCUGGUUCCUCAAGGAGCUGGGUCGUUACCACACCUUCACGGGCGACCUGGUGGAUUUCCUCUUCGUGGUGCUCUUCACGGGCGUGCGCAUCGGCGUGGGGGCCUGGCUGAUGUACUGCGAGCUGGCCUCGCCCAGGCCCCGCUGGUUCAUCAAGCUGGGAGGGGUCGUCAUGUACGUGGUGUCCUGGGUCUUCAUGCUCAGCAUCUGCCGCUUCGCCCGCAGGAAGAGCAUCAGGAAGUACCAGGCCUGGAGGAGCCGCAGGAGCCGCGAGCUGGGCUGGAAAACCAACGGGCACCUCAAAGGCCACUGAGUGGAGGCUGAGCAGGGAGUUCCUCAAGCUCACGGGCUGGCAAGGAGGGGGAUCGUGCCUGAAACGCCGCUGGUGGGAGAGGAGCCAACGCACGUUCGCAGCUCUGGAGGCAAAUUUAUCCCUGGCCUAACUCCACUGAAAUCCAUGGAGCUAUGCCAUGGAUUCACUGGGUCUGCAGAGCCUGCCUGGCAGAGGCUGGCACGGUGUGCCCAGCCUGGACGAGCAGGGGAAGAAGGGCUAAUUUAUAGACUAGACAGGACUAGUCCAGCAGUGCAGGUGUGAAUAGUGAUGUGUGUAGCCAGCUCCUUCAGGAUCCUGGAAGAGAGGAGGAGGUGUAAGCUAGGUCUCCGUGUCCUGUGCAGUCCAGGCAGCUCAGAGUGACUCUCCAUGCUGCUAGGAAGAAGUGUUCUAGUCUUGCAUCCAAGCUGGGAUUGCUGGCUCUCCCACCACCUCCUUGUGUGACCCUGGGCAAGUCUCACAGCUGGAACUCUGUGCCUCAUUCCCCCUGUGUGGCUUGGGGGAGAUGGAGCUGCUCCAUCUGUUAUGCACUUUCAGCUUUUUACUCGAGAGGUGCUAUAUGAAAAAAGUGAUGGUUGUUAUCUGCACCUGGCUCAUCAUUCCUGUGCUUCCCUUGGGAGAAACGACUUUGGUGGUCGAGCUAGAGCGAGACUCUAGAAAAAUCCGUAUUGUAAGUAGGUUGUUGUUUCCUACCCUUAAUAACUCCUUUCAAUAACUUACUCAUUAACAUAUUGAUAACUUAUUUUCUGUAGUGUCCAGAAGCUAGUUCUAAUCAGCACUGCCUAAUUCCAGGACUAGGUGCUCUGUGAAUACACCCAAAACCACAGACCCAGAAGGAAAAACUUUUCCUGAUUUUCCCUCUUCUUCCCUGACUGUUAAAACUCCCCUACAAGCACUGCUUUUAUUUUGAGAAGCCCCAUCAGGGCUUGCCAGUCAGGUUUUUUCUUGCUGAUGAGCCAAGCCACGAUUUUGUCUCCAGAACCCCAAAAUUCCCUCUGCUGUGCCCCAAAUCCAAACUGGGAUUUCUGGAUGCCCAGAAUCUGCCCUGUGGAAGCCACAGACUGACCUUGGCUCUCCUUCAUCUGAUCUGAUGCCUUGACCCCUGGGCUUUGAUUUCCCUCUGAGUGGGUCUGAGUCACUUUAUAAAAGGGAACAUUUAAAGGGUCAGAGAGAUUUAUUUUACAGCCCAGUAAUUAAAGAAACAAGAGGCCCAGAAUCUGUUUUUUUUAAAGCCAAAAUAAACCUGACUGGGAGAAAAAUAAGCAAUACUCAUCCAGUCCCAUUUGUAGGGAAAAGCCAUGCCCAGCUGGCAGCUUCUGGAGUUUAUUUCAUUGCAUGUCCUUGAGCUGCUCCUUUGUUUUUGCUGUGAUUUGAGCUUUUCCUUUGAGCCUCCAGUGCAGCUCAGGUGCCCCCUUUUGCUUGAGCCUUGCUUGCUGCAGCCAAAGUCCUGAAGAAGCCCCAAAAAAACCCCUUCAGGUGAGCAGAGCCAACUGAUGAGCUGGUCCUGGAGAGGAAACUUGACUCAUCCAGCACUCUCAAGCCUUGAAAGGAGACCAGAAGGGCUGGUUGGGGCUUGCUGGUUCUUUUCCCCAGCUCUGCUGCUCUGUUGAGCACAUCCAGGAGCCUUUUUGCCUCAACUUAACCCACUUUGGGAAGUGGGUCCAGUCUUACCUACCUCAUAGGGUGUUUCCUGUUAGCACCAAGCCACCUUGGAUGGAUUCUGGGUGGUUUGUGUCAGGCUGUGCUGGAUAAAAGUUGCUUUGAGUGCAGCACUUCCUGCUGUGAGCCAUCAGCAGCGCUUUGUCACCUGAGCUGGGCACUCCCCAACGUCCCCAAAGCAGCAGUGAGGUGCUCUGCAAAGGGCAGGAGUCACAGGGAGUGAGAUGGACGUGCUGAUAAAGCUCAGCUGCAUCCUCCCAGCCAGCCCCAGGGCUCUGCUGGCUUUGCCCUGGGCAGCAUUGCAGGAAUCUGGAGCCAAAAGAGUCUCAGCCACUGGCCUGAGCAGGGAGUGAGGGCUUGCAGCAGCAGCUCCUGCAGAAAUGCAGGUGAAAACAGGUCCUGGAGGUGCAAACAGGCUGGUCCUUGCUGGGGAGCUGCUGAGCUGCCACCGUGAAGAGUUCCCAGAGCAGCCCUGGGGGUUUGGGCUCGGAGCUUUGUGAGGGUUGGGGUGCAGCUUUAUGGGGUUCCAGCCCUUACCUGCCCAGGUGGGUGAGGAUGGCAGAGACUGCAGUGUCUGUGAAUCACCUGUUUGAAGAGAUUUUGAAAUAGAAUGGGUUGAGUUUGGGAAACCAGGAAAGGUUUCCCUCCUUUUCUGAACAGGGGGGAAACUGGGUUGGAAGAAGGAGAGCUCAGCUCUGAGGCUUUAGAAAGCAAACAAGAAAACAAAAGGGCAAUUAGAAAUGGCUUUAUGAGGCAGAGCAAGGCCUCACAGGCCAUUUAGUGGGCUCCAGCACAGAAUCACAGCCCCAAAAGUACAAAUUCCAAGCUGUGGAGCACAGGGUGGGACCUGUCCUCAGGCUAGUCCAUAGUGGCUAGAGCAAACUGUGAGAGCAAACUGCAGAACUAGUGUGAAAUAAUAACUUGUGUCUGAAUUACUGUGUAAUAGCAACUAAUGUUCCACCAGUGAAUGGUGUAGAGGCUUUGUACUAUGUUUUAUACAAAUAAAGAUUAUUUAAUUAUAUGAGGAA